GGGGAAUUGAAAGUUCACCAGCCUUCCCUGCACACUGCAUAAGUCACUUCGGAAGACCGUAACUCCCACCCCUUCGCAAAUUCAACCUCGCUCUCCUCCACUCGCCGUUCGCCAUGAGCUUCUUCGGGUUAAAAGGGAACAAAACGUUCAAGCCAAAACGGAACAUCCCCGAAGGCACCAAACAAUAUCAACUCAAAAAAUAUGCAGAGGCAACCCUCGGCUCCGGUAACCUUCGGCUCGCCGUCUCCCUUCCGGAAGGCGAAGACAUGAACGAGUGGCUAGCAGUCAACACCGUUGACUUUUUCAACCAGAUCAACAUGCUCUACGGCACAAUCACCGAAUUCUGCACCCCCUCCGAAUGCCCCGUCAUGUCCGCGGGCCCCAAAUACGAAUACCACUGGUGCGACGGCGUCCAGUUCAAAAAACCCGUUAAAGUCUCGGCGCCCGAAUACGUCGACUACCUGAUGACCUGGGUCCAAGCGCAACUCGACGACGAAGCCAUCUUUCCUUCCAAAAUCGGCGUGCCGUUCCCGAAGUCGUUCCCGGGCAUUGUCAAAAAUAUCUUCAAGCGGUUGUUCAGAGUUUACGCGCAUAUCUACCACGCGCAUUUCCCAAAGAUCGUCGCGCUGGGCGAGGAGGCGCACCUGAAUACGUCGUUUAAGCACUUUGUGUUUUUUGUGCAGGAGUUUGCGCUGAUCGAUAAGAAGGAGCUGGCCCCGCUGGAGGAGCUGAUCAAGACGUUGACGAAUGAGAAUAGGGCUGGGGCACCGGAACUGUUCCCAAAAGAGGUGUUGCGAGAGAGGUACACAAAAUGACCGUUCACGUCCACCACAAAGAGAGAGAGGGAAGCCGAGGAAACCCAGCAACGACUACACACUACAUACGCCCGAAACUGCACAUGUACCGACAACGCAUACCACACCCUCGACUGCUGUACGCUUUGCUUCUACUGUAGACGUCUCCGGGGCAGAUAUCUCCUCAGAUACAUUAAACUUCUACCUAUUCUAGGUAAACGAGAUGGGACGACGGUCAAUGGUCCGUCCCUCACCGGCCGUCCACCUCAAGAAUCCAUCAACUUUAGAGUGAAAGGGUGUCCGGGGGCUUUGAACACCGGAUCUGCUGUCCAGGGCGUUGACUUACGAUUUGCCUCCAUUCGUUCGGAUUGCAAAAGUCAUGAGUCCUCCUCAUCCUCCUCCUCAUCCUCCUCAUCCACACUCCCCCGUUUCCUCCCUUUCCCCGGCCCCGCCGCGCCUAUGACCACAUCCCCCCC